AUGUAUACAUGUGCAUAUAUUGUUUUGCUAAUUGAGCUCCAUUACUUUUUUAUGUUCCUCAAAUAUUUUGUGCUUUCUUUAUCAGAGAUGCGUCCAAUGAUUCUUCCACCUGAACAUUACCUUAAACGUGGAGAUUCAGAAGCUAUUGCUUAUGCGUUUUUCCACAUCCAACAUUGGAAGCGAAUUGAAGGUGCUCUUCAGCUGUUGCAGUGCACUUGGAAAGGAGUGGUUAUUGUUAUCCGUAUUCUCCACAAUUAG